UGCAGUACAGCCAAUCUUAUUCUUCUGCUUUGUGUCUGAUAUAUGGUUAACGCAUGGCAUUAGACUCAUGAUCAACGUUCAAGGUUCAGUUUAGAUGCUUCUAGUUUCUCUUCUUAAAAUCAUUCAGUCAGAUAAAGACGAGAGCCCGUGGAUAACAAAAGCAACUGAGACAUAAUGGAAUCAGAACAUGGAGGUAAUUCACGUGACCUGAGGAUUGUGCUGCUGGGAGUCUCUGGAGCUGGAAAGAGCACAAUAGGGAAUGCAAUACUGGGUGGAGAGGCAUUUAAACAGAGCAGAACCACAAAGAGUGAGAUACAAACAGGAAGAGUAGAAGACAAAUACAUCUCCAUCAUCGACACUCCAGGAUUCUUCAGCACUCAUCUGACUAUUGAAGAGCUGCAGGAGCAGAUGAUGAGGAGUCUGUCUCUCGCUCAUCCUGGUCCUCACGUGUUCCUGCUCAUCAUCAACCUGGAGACCUUUGAGGAGGACGAGAGGAACGUUGUAGAAAAGAUUCAGGAGAUCUUCGGAGCUCAAGCAUUUAAGUUCACAAUGGUUCUGGUCACUGGAAGAGAAAAAAUGUCAAGGAAAGAAUGGAUGCACUUUAUACUUGAGGAAAAAUUUCGAGAGUUGGUCGGUCACUGCAGAGAUAAUUAUCAUGCAAUCAACAGCAAAAAUAUGAUUAAUCAAACUCACAUCACAGAGCUUCUGGAGAAGAUUGAUGAAACUGUCAGACAAAAUAAUAACCAGCAUUACAUUAAUGAGAUUUACUUAAUGUCUCGAACGAAGAGCAUAAGAAUAAAAAAAAAUCAAGAGAAAGUUACAAUUAAACAACAGCAAUCAAAAUCAGAAGGGUUUACUACUCACAAGGCAAUGGAAGAGAAGACAACACAUACUGUGACUGAACAAGAAAAUGAAGGCAAUAGACAAAAACAACAAGAGAAAAAGGAAAAACAAGAACAAGGGAACAAAAAGUUAUUUGAACUUCUUAUUGGGACUAAACAAAAAAAGGAGAGUUUUGUUUCCUAUGUCAGUGAAUCAAUGGAAACAACUCACAUAUAUGAAAACACAGAUAAGAGUUCAUUAGACAGAUUUGUGGGAUUCUCAAAUGAAAAAACAGGCAAACAGGUAUUCAAGACACCAGAAAAAAUCUUUGGAAUGAGCAAUAAUAAUACAUACAAGAUGCUAUCAGAAGAUGAUGAUCUCAGGAUUGUGAUGUUGGGUAAAACUGGAGCUGGAAAGAGCACGACAGGAAACACCAUCCUGGGAGAAGAAGUGUUUAAAGAAGAAUUUUCUCCUAAAUCUGUGACUAAAAAAUGCAAAAAAUGUCACAAGAUAGUGGAUUAUCGAGAUAUCUCAGUGAUUGACACUCCAGGACUAUAUGAUACCUGUGAAGAAGACCUGAAGGAGGAAAUAGUGAGAUGCAUAGAAAUGUCUGUUCCUGGUCCUCACGCGUUUCUGCUGGUCAUCAGACUGGACGCGAGAUUCACGGAUGAGGAGAAAAACACAGUGAAAUGGAUUCAGAAGCACUUUGGAAAAGAUGCUGAACGUUACACCAUCAUUCUGUUCACUAGAGGAGACCAGUUAAAAAUACCUAUAGACAAGUAUGUGGCCAAACACAAGCAGCUUAAUGAGCUAGUUAGACAGUGUGGAGGUGGGUAUCAUGUUCUUAAUAACACUGCUAGAAAUCCAGCACAGGUUACUGAACUUUUAAAGAAGAUAGACAGCAUGGUGAUGAAGAACGGUGGACAGUAUUACACAAAUGAGAUGUACAUGGAAGCUCAGAGAAAGAUCAUGAUGAAGAAGGCUCAAGAUGCAGCUUUAGUGGGAGUGAGUGUGGCAGGUGCAGGAGCAGCAGUAGCUGGAGGUGCAGUACUAGUUGCUGCUACUGGAGGACUGGCUCUCCCUGUAGCUUUAAUAGCAGGAGGAGCAGCUCUAGCAGGAGGACCUGGUGCUAAAGUUAUUGCAGAUAAAGUUAGACAUAUCAAGGGAAAGAGGAAAAAUUCCAUAAAUCAGAACGAGAAUUUUGAUUCGGAAAAAUGAGGGGGAAAAUAGGUGACUCUUCUAAUAAUUGUUUAUAUUAUUAGGUAGAUACAGAAACUUAAAAGCAUGCAUUUCUAGAUGGCGCUGUGCAAUAAGAACAAAUAAACUAUAAGCGAUAGCAAAAAUAAACAGAGGUGGGACUUUCAAGUCACAAGCAAGUCUCAAGCAGAGGUGUAAAAAUCCAAGUUCCAAAAGUAAAAGUCCUUCCCAGUAUUUUGUUCCAAUCACCUGGAUUUGUUAAUUAGCACAGUUUUUCAGCCAGGAGGUCAGAAAUGGGACAAAGCCAUUCCUUUCAAGUCACAAGCAAGUUUAUUUUAUCCAAGGCUGUGGCUGAAGUCAGUUGUAGUUCUUGUUAUCUUUACUUCAAUGAUGUUGAUUUUUAAUAGCAGGUAUUCAUCACUAAUGCACAAUUGUCAUUUGUACAAAGACAAAGGGCCUGCAAUUUUUACUUUGAUCAGAUGUGUAUCAGUUCGAUUAAACAGAAUUAAACUUAACAGAAAAAACAACUUUAACAGAAGAACAAUUUAGUCACACAAUUAACAAGGUUUUUUUUUGAAUAACAUUAGAACACAGUACAUUUACAUGCUUUGUGAAAAUGCUGAUAUUCAAAACUGUAACAGACUGUAUAUGAUUAUUUAUGGACAGUGAAACUGUUUAUUUAACUGUAUAAGUGCUUUUAGGAACCAAAAGGAAUUAGGUUAUAUUAUCAUUUGAAUUAUAUUUGGAUAAAUAGUUUAUAUUAAAGCUUUUGCUUAAAUGCUUAUAUAUUACACAUUCCUUUUUUAACACAUUGUAAACCUCAGUGUGAAUGUCCAGAGGAAGUGCUAGAAUCUACACUGUAAAAAAUUA